UGUGGUGUUGGUAGAUAAAACUCAUAACUGAAUUCAUUCUCCACCAAUUGUUUCUCUCUUUUCUUUCAAAGAGGGGCCUUACGAGUGCCUUCCGUGCUUCCUUUCCUCUUAUAAACUUCAAUAAUAAGAGGUGCUCUCUCCUCCAACGAACAAUGGUGACAUGAACCCAACACACCUCUUCUCUUAUCCGCACGCAUAAUCUUUUCUUAUCACCCCCACCACUCAUGCCUCAGUCAUCUUCACAAACAAACACGAACACGAACACGAACAGUCUCCUGGUCUUCUUCUUGCCAAAUUCAUGUGAUAUUUCUUUCUGGGCCUUGAUAUUUCUCCGUCUCUCUAGAAACCCUUUGUUUUCUAUCUCUUGAAUUAUCAAUUUCCUUGAUUAUUUGAUUCAAAGGUUGAAACUUUUGGUACCAAAAAAAAAAAGAUUGCAAAUUUAGAGGUUUUAUUGAUAGCCCAUUUAGGUUUUGUAAGUUUAUGUGAUGUUAUGGCCUUGAUUGAGGCUUUGUAUGAGGUUUUAGAGAAUCCCUCCUCAAUGUUAGGGGUAUGUACAGAAAUGGUGGGACUUUUAGGUCCAUUGUGGGUAGCUUUUCUGAUUGGUUUAGUGCUUGGAUGGUCAUGGAAGCCAAAAUGGGUGACCAGGGAAAGUGACAAAUUGACUUGCUGUGUAUCAAAGAUAUUGGAUUCAUCGUUGCCAUCUUCACCUUGUCGGUCUUUGAUGUCUCCAUUGAAGACUUUUGGUUCUUUUUCACAGUGGAAUUCAUUCAUGUUGAGAUCCUCAACUUGUGAUGCUUCUUGGGUUGUAGAUAACAACAACAAUUUAGUGCAUCAGAAUCUGUCUCCUGUGCCCCCUACAGAAUAUGAAGAUUGCAGCAGAUCACAGCUGAAUGAAGACCAGUCUAAUGUUGCUAGCCAAGUCACGGAGGAGGAUUUAGAACACUUGUACCAGCUUGUUGAGGUGAAAGAUGGAGGUCCUACUUGGAUGCAUAUGAUGGAUCGUUCCACCCCAACUAUGACUUAUAAGGCAUGGAGGAGAGAUCCCAAGACUGGUCCUCCCCAAUAUCGUAGCAGCACUGUCUUUGAGAAUGCCUCGCCAGAGAUAGUGAGAGACUUCUUUUGGGAUGAUGAUUUCCGGCCAAAGUGGGAUGACAUGCUUUCUUAUUCUGCAAUAUUAGAUGAAUGUCCCACUACUGGGACUAUGCUAGUGCAUUGGAUGCGAAAAUUCCCUUUUUUCUGUAGUGACAGAGAAUACAUAAUUGGUCGGCGAAUAUGGGAAUCAGGCAGAUCUUAUUACUGUGUGACCAAGGGAGUACCCAGUUCUUCUGUCCCAAGGCGAGAUAAACCAAGACGCGUUGACCUAUACUACUCAAGUUGGUGCAUUCGAGCAGUGGAAUCAAGGAAAGGUGAUGGCCAGUUGACAUCUUGUGAGGUAUUACUCUUCCAUCAUGAAGACAUGGGCAUCCCAUGGGAAAUUGCGAAGCUUGGAGUGCGGCAUGGCAUGUGGGGAACUGUCAAGAAGAUUGAGCCUGGUUUACUUGCCUACCAAAGAACAAGAGCAUCGGGAGUAACACUUUCUCGGCCUGCUUUCAUGGCUCAGAUUAACACCAAAAUAAAUCCAGAGUUGCUGAGAUCCUUGAGAGAUGAUGAGGAUUUGUCAGAGACUGAAGCAGCAACUGCUCCUGAGAAAUCUUUGGGCAGGAACAUACCAAAGCUUCUGAUUGUUGGUGGAGCUAUUGCACUCGCAUGCGGUUUUGAUAGAGGACUCUUGACCAAGGCAUUUAUAUUCAGUGUGGGAAGAAGGUUUGGAAACAUGGGAAAGAAUGCUAAAUUGAAUGCUGGAAGUACUUGAAAGUUGAAAACCAUUAUUUUCUCAAUCCAAUUUGAGAGGUGCUCUAUUUUUAACCUUGUUUCACUCUUCCCUUUCCAAUGGUCGCGGGAGGUUAUAUAACUUUGUAUAAUACUUCAGAAACAUAAUGAUGUUAUGAGGAUGUAUAUACUCAAGGCAGAAAUUUUCUCUGCAUUCAAUGAAACCACAGAGUUCAUGGUCUA